CACAACCACAGCUGCGUGUAUGAUGGAUCUACGAAGAUACCCUCUGGAUGAACAAAACUGCACCCUGGAAAUUGAAAGUUAUGGCUACACCACGGAUGACAUUGAGUUUUACUGGAAUGGAGGAGAAGGAGCAGUAACAGGAGUGAAUAAAAUUGAGCUUCCUCAGUUUUCAAUUGUUGACUAUAAGAUGGUGUCCAAGAAGGUGGAGUUCACAACAGGGGCGUAUCCACGACUGUCACUAAGUUUUCGUCUAAAGAGAAACAUUGGUUACUUCAUUUUGCAAACCUACAUGCCUUCCACACUGAUUACAAUUCUGUCCUGGGUGUCGUUUUGGAUCAACUAUGAUGCCUCUGCAGCCAGAGUUGCACUAGGAAUCACCACAGUGCUGACAAUGACAACCAUCAGCACUCACCUCAGGGAGACCCUGCCAAAGAUCCCUUAUGUCAAAGCAAUUGAUAUUUACCUGAUGGGUUGCUUUGUGUUCGUGUUCCUGGCUUUGCUGGAAUAUGCCUUUGUAAAUUACAUCUUCUUUGGAAAAGGCCCUCAGAAAAAAGGAGCUGGCAAACAAGACCAGAGCGCUAAUGAGAAGAACAAACUGGAGAUGAAUAAAGUCCAGGUGGACGCCCACGGCAACAUUCUCCUCAGCACCCUGGAGAUCAGGAACGAGACGAGCGGCUCGGAAGUGCUCACGGGCGGGAGCGACCCCAAGGCCACCAUGUACUCGUACGACAGCGCCAGCAUCCAGUACCGCAAGCCGCUGAGCAGCCGCGAGGCGUACGGGCGCGCGCUGGACCGACACGGCGCCCACAGCAAGGGGCGCCUCCGCAGACGCGCCUCGCAGCUCAAAGUCAAAAUCCCCGACUUGACUGAUGUGAAUUCCAUAGACAAGUGGUCCCGAAUGUUCUUCCCCAUCACCUUUUCUCUUUUUAAUGUCGUUUAUUGGCUUUACUAUGUACACUAAGUUCGGUCCCCAUGGUUCCUAAACGACUACUUUCUUCUUCUCUUAGUUUUUAAUCCCACAGGUCCCCAGCAGCGGUACUGCUGUGCUUUUUGAGGUAAGAGAUUCAGUCAUCCAAUUGGUUUUAGGUCUUGCAUAUCAAUUUUAUUACUGCACCAUGUUUACUUCAAAAGAAAAAAAAAAAAAAAACUCUAUUUUUUUUUCCAGUCUACUGUGGUCCAGGUUACUGGCUCUUUCAGAGCUCUGUUAAUUGCCAUGUUUACAAACAAAUACACACAACGAGAGAGAAAUUAGAUAGGCAGAUCUUUAGCAGUUCUAGCCGCCCUGGAUUUGACUGAUUAUUUUUUAAGUGAAAAUGAAAAGAGGACCCAGCUCUCUGUGUGCAUGGCUUCCUGGUCAACUGUAACAAUCUCAUGCUGCCAAAAAA